GGGUCCGUGGGACUUGCCUCGUCGCCGUCACUCCUUCCACCUCAGGAGAAAUGCUAGUUCUUGAGAGAUGGAUGCGAUGCUGCUCGUGCUUCUCCCCUUCUUGUUCCAGCUUCUCCUCCUCCUCCUCCUCCUCCUCCUCCUCCCUCCGCAGUAAUAUUUUGGCCAAAUCAGGUUCGAGCUUGCUGCGGCGGCUAUUCUGACACCGUAUUUGUCCGAGUGAUCCCUCAUUUUACUUCGGUUCCGAGGUAAUGGCGGCGGUGCUCGUCAAGGGUUUCGUGGCCGCUGUCCUGGCCUCCUUGUUUGGAGUGGGCCACGGAUGGGGGUUCCGCGGGCCGGCGGGGUGCCAGGCGAUCAGCACGCCUGGCAUGGACGGCGCCCUCGGGAUCGAUGCCCAGCUGAUCCAGGUCACAGCAGACGCGGACGAAAACUCGAGCAGGGCCUUGCUCAGCAGACGCGUCGCGUUCACGAUCGAGCUCGAGAUCCGGAAGAAGUUUGGCACAAGCAUUCUGUUCCCUGCCCAGCUGUCGAUUGCGAACGGCUUGAUGUCUGAUCUGGAGGCAGAGGCACAGGCCCACAUACGAGCUUGGGACAACUCGUUCAGCUCGGCAACGGUGUCUGGCGGCGCCGCCACGGUGAUGGCGUCUCCCGAGAAUGGCAUUAACCGGGUCUUCGCAUUGCUCCCAGUCACCGGAAUGGCGUACAUUGCCAUGAACGCCAGGUCUGACUUGCAAGCCGACCUCCUGAAUGCCUUCGAGGGCUUGUCGUGGGGCGACGCUAAGCCUCACCAGUUGUUCAUCGGGCAGGGUAACACGCAAGACACGGCAAUCAACAGCGAUCAGGCAGUCACUGGCAAGGGAGACCCCCACUUGGUCAACAUGCGCGGGCAGCACUUCGACCUCUACCAGCCGGGCAUCCACGUGCUCCUCCAGGUCCCCCGGCGCGCGAAGCCGCAGGACAGCCUGCUGCGGGUGGAGGCCGACGCGCGGCGCAUGGGCGCGGCGUGCGCAGACCUGUACUUCCGGGUCUUGAACAUCACGGGCAGCUGGUCCAACCAGACCGCGGGCCUCCAGUACUUCGCGGACAAGGAGCUCGACAGCCGAGAUUGGAGGAAGUUCGGCGCCGUGGACCUCAAGGUGGUUCGCGGCAGCACCCUGUCAGGCAUAGCGUACCUCAACGUGUUCGCGAGGCACCUCGGCAGCUUGGCGUACCCCGUCGGCGGCCUGCUGGGGGAGGACGACCACACCGCGGCGGCAACUGCUGGCCCCGAGUGCAGCACAGGUCUGGAUCUCCACUCCCGGCGGCCCGCGGUGGCCUCGUUCGCCAUCAUCCAGGGCUGAGGGGGCCCGGGCUGCCUUUUCGAGAGGGUUUUGUUGUAAUGUUUUACAUCCUAAUAUGUCUGUCUCUUUCGCACGACGUUUGUACUCUCUGUUCCGUUGGCGAUCACCAUACAGGACAUGACAUACCCAGGCACCUUGCUUGGUUUGGUCAUAUGGAACUGCUGCGACAGUAAGAAGAACACUCGCAGGAACAUUGUCUUGCCGUGUGAAAAAGCAGCGCUUCAAGAAUGAUCGCACGUUCUGCAGAAUCGACCCUAAAUAAUGCUGUAUGAUUCGAAU